AUGUGGUAAAGUUGUCUUACCUGCUUAAAGGCGCCGCCGGGGAAAACUCAACUGGCUUGCACGGAUAGGUAAAACAGCUAUUUAAGCUUUAUAAAGACAGCGAAACAGAAAGAAUAAGAGUAAAAGUAAAGGAGUUAGGAUGAGCGCAGACAAUCAGGGAACGAACUGAUGUCGCUACGAGGAAUCAGAGCGUGUUCGUUGUUCAAGAAGCGGAAACAACAACAACAACAACAGAGGAACUGACAAAUGGCUUUAAUUCCGUGCAAUAAUAGCAGCAUGCCUUGGCUCAGGACGCGCGUAAAAAUGCUCCAAUUUGGAAUGACACCCAAACAUUGUCAAGUUUUCCAUGUGUCGGAACAACCUUUGUGCUAUGUAUCACCUCGCUCCUAGCUCGCUCAGCCACCCCAAAGGAUUCAACUUGGACCCGAGUCACCAUGUCCAAAGUCAUCCAAAAGAAGAACCACUGGAUCCUUAAAGUGAACAAGUGCGUAAUUGUGCGGGACGCGUGCGGUGAGUUAAACGUGGAGCUUCUCGGUGGAGCUGAACAUGGACAGUUCGCUUAUAUAGGACACAUACGAGACAAUGCCGUCCUUUACCAGGACGGUAAACUCAGCCAGGGGGAGCUUAUACUGGAGGUUGAGGGACUGCCUGUGUCUGGAUUACCCCUCUAUGACAUUUUAACUGUGAUUACAUGCAGCCAAGGACCCAUCAUCUUAAAGACUGUGCGUCAAGGCAAUAAGCUGAACAAAGACCUGAAACACUACCUUAGUCUGAGGUUCCAAAAGGCGUCUCCGGACCACAACCUGCAAAAGACCAUCCGAGCCAACCUGUAUCGCCAUGCUGUGCCUUGUACCACACGCGCCCCCCGAAAAGGAGAGGUGCCAGGGGUGGAUUACAACUUCCUGUCUGUGGAGGACUUUCUAGAACUUGAAAAGAGUGGCACACUACUCGAAAUUGGAACGUAUGAGGGUAACUAUUAUGGGACCCCCAAGCCGCCGAGGCAGCCUAUCAUUGGGACAGUGAUUCUUGGAUAUGCAGGCUCCCAGCAGUCCACCCCGAAGCGCACCAAGUCCUACAAUGACAUGCAAAGCGUCCGAGUAGUGCCUGCUGACGACGACGAUGACGACCAGGCCUCGGAAAUGAACAACACUUUUACAGGUUCCUUAGUGCGUAGUCUCUUCCCCUCUCCUUUGUUGUGUGCAGGUAACCCUAGCGACCAGGAUGAGAGCCGCGGCGGCAUCCUCCGGCCAUACACCACACGUGACAAUGCUCCUCCCUGUGGUCUGAACAAUGCGGCCAUCGCCACUGCAGAAAGUGGGCAGCAGACCCUGGCAGAGCCGCAAGUUUCCCCGGAAGAUGCCCUGGGGCCGUUGCCUGAAAACUGGGAGAUGGCGUACACCGAGAAUGGAGAACUUUACUUCAUAGACCACAACACAAAGACCACAUCAUGGCUGGAUCCUCGGUGUAGAGACAAAGCCUCUCGGCCUCUGGAAGAGUGUGACGAUGAUGAAGAGAGGAUACAUACAGAAGACCUGGAGAGUGAUCUAGAGCUGCCGCCAGGAUGGGAGAGGAUAGACGACCCGGUGUAUGGCAUUUACUAUGUCGAUCAUAUAAACAGGAAGACACAGUAUGAGAACCCAGUGGUGGAGGCGCGGCGUCGGAAAAUCCUGCAGGACCAGCAGCAGCCGCAGCCUCCAGAAGGUGAGCGGUUCAUUCGAGAGUGGAUUGAGGAGCACUCCUCAGCAGCAGCACCAUUGGUCAACUUCGCUGCAAACCACCUGGAGACCUACAGGGACCCCCAAGUCCCACCAACUCUACCUCCAGCCCCAGCAGGAGCCAAACGAGGGAAGCCGUUCUUCACCAGAAACCCUGCAGAACUGAAAGGAAUCUUCAUCAACACUAAGUUGAAGAAGAGCCGCCGUGGCUUCGGUUUCACGGUGGUCGGAGGAGACGAGCCAGAUGAGUUUCUGCAAAUCAAAAGUUUGGUGCUGGACGGGCCUGCAGCUGUGGAUGGCAAGAUGGAGACAGGUGAUGUCAUCGUAAGUGUUAACGACACCAUUGUGCUGGGUUACACCCACGCUCAGGUGGUGAAGAUCUUCCAAUCCAUCCCUAUUGGCUCCAUGGUGGACUUGGCCUUAUGUCGCGGCUACCCCCUGCCCUUUGACCCGGAUGACCCUAACACAAGUUUGGUUACAUCGGUGGCCAUCUUGGACAAGGAGCCUAUUAUUGUCAACGGACAGGAAACAUUUGACUCGCCCUCCAACAAGGGUGGACCACUUAACGGUAUGAGGGAGUCUCGAGCGCACAGCCCCUCUGCCGAGAUGGUUUCCAACAGUCUGCACGGCUACGCCAGCGACGUGGUCACCCUGGCCUCGUCUAUAGCCACACAGCCUGAGUUGAUCACCAUACACAUGGAGAAGGGAGAUAAAGGAUUCGGGUUCACUAUCGCAGACAGCCUGACAGGAGGGGGGCAGAGGGUCAAGCAGAUUGUGGACUACCCACGCUGUCGGGGCCUCAAGGAGGGGGACAUUCUGAUGGAGGUUAACAAGAGAAAUGUCCAGAACAUGAGCCACAAUCAGGUGGUGGACUUGCUGAGCAAAUGCCCCCGAGGAAGUGAGGUCACAAUGCUGGUGCAAAGAGGAGUGGUGCCAGCCAAGAGGAGUCCGAAGCUGGUGCACCAGUUGGAGAGAAAAGACAGCCAGAGCAGCUCCCAGCACAGCGUGUGCAGCCAUCGCAGUGCUCACACGGACUCUCCCAGCCACCCUCCUGCCAUGCCCAGUGAGGUUGUGGUGCCCACUUCUGCUCCACCCACCCAGCCACUGCCUGGCCUGCCCCCUCAGGACCCUGCAGAUGGCACACUCACCUUGCAGAAGAAGCCGGACCCUUUUAAGAUCUGGGCGCAGUCAAGGAGCAUGUACGAGAGCAGACUGCCAGAUAGUCAGGAGCAGGACAUUUUCCUUUGGCGAAAGGACACAGGUUUCGGUUUCCGUAUUCUUGGAGGAAAUGAACCUGGGGAGCCUAUCUACAUAGGUCACAUUGUGAAGUAUGGCGCAGCAGAUGAGGAUGGACGUCUGCGUUCAGGGGAUGAGCUAAUCUGUGUCGAUGGCACGGCGGUGGUAGGCAAGUCUCACCAGUUGGUAGUGCAGCUGAUGCAGCAGGCCGCCAAACAGGGCCACGUCAACCUCACUGUCAGACGCAAGACUACUGGAUACGGAGUCUCAAAGGGGGAAGGUGACGUUCCUCCAUCGCCAGCCUCCUCCCACCACAGCAGCACCCAAGCACCAAGCUUGACUGAGGGUAAGCGGACCCCACAGGGUAGCCAGAACUCUCUCAACACUGUCAGUUCGGGCAGCGGCUCCACCAGUGGCAUUGGCAGCGGCGGAGGAGGUGGCAGCGGGAGCACGGUUGUUCCUGCCUCACUUCAGCCAUACGACGUGGAAAUCCAACGUGGAGAGAACGAGGGCUUUGGUUUUGUCAUUGUGUCCUCUGUUUCCAGGCCUGAUGCUGGCACUACAUUUGCUGGAAAUGCUUGUGUGGCCAUGCCCCACAAAAUAGGGCGCAUCAUCGAGGGCAGCCCGGCAGAUCGUUGCGGGAAGCUAAAAGUCGGCGAUCGGAUAUUGGCUGUCAACAACUGCUCCAUCACCAACAAGUCCCACUCAGACAUUGUCAACCUGAUUAAGGAAGCCGGGAACACGGUCUCUCUCAGGAUCAUCCCCGGUGAUGAGUCUUCCAAUGCUUCCCUGCUGACCAAUGCUGAGAAGAUAGCUACCAUCACCACCACACACACUCCUCAACAGUCCAAAGAGUCCCGGAAUAACUCAAAGUCGAAAGGAGUUCCUCCGCCGCUACCUACACAAACUCAAACACCACAGGACAAUGAGUUCUACUCAGUGGACCUAGAACGUGACAGCAAAGGUUUUGGUUUCAGCCUCAGAGGAGGGCGAGAGUACAAUAUGGACCUGUAUGUGUUGAGGCUAGCCGAGGACGGAGCUGCUGUCAGGAAUGGCAAGAUGAGGGUGGGAGACGAGAUCUUGGAGAUUAACGGCGAGAGCACAAAGAACAUGAAGCAUUCACGUGCCAUCGAGCUAAUCAAGAAUGGCGGUCGGCGAGCACAUCUUGUCCUGAAACGUGGGGAUGGAUCUGUACCUGAGUAUGACGGCAGCAAUGACGGGUACACUCCCACACCCGGGGCACAAAACACUUCGGAAAUGAGAACGCUGCCACCCUACAGCAGAUAUCACACCUCAUUGGAGUCCAGUUAUCCACCAGACCUUCACACACCAUCAUGCCACGAGGAGGCUGGACGUGGCCGAGAAAGGGACAGGAACAGGGUUGGGUCAGAUCAGAUGGACUACCAAGGCCGAAUGUUCAACCCCCACCAUCACCACACUUGGAACAACAAUCACAGUCAAAGUAACCCCAGGCAGCCGUCUCCUAACAACAGCAACGGUAGCAGCGGCAACAAGAAGAGCAGAGGCCGCAAGGUCAAAAAGUCCGAGUCAGAAAGCGGAAUCUCGAAACUUCUAAAGACUCUGAGAAAGGACAGUUCAGGGAAGAGGGCUGCAGCUGCACAAAAACUCAGGGGCCAAGGACUCUCAAACAGCAGCUCUACUUUGGACGGGAGGUUUCGCACACAGCGUCGCGGCUCCCUUGAUCGCUCGCCAACCCCAAAGCGCACCUCCUCCCCUGAUCGCAGGCGGGCCAAGUCGAUGGAUCGCAGGACAGAGCGAACGCAACGGGAUCGUACACCUGAGAGGGAGUAUGACGAUGGAGGGUUCCUCACUGUCACCCCUGAGCGCAAAUUCCACGAGCGCAGGCAGCUCCUCAAAGACUCGCCGAUGAGCGGGCGAGUUAGGGAGGCCUUCACCUCUGAGCGUUCCAACAACAAUGGAGAUUCAUCGUCGCUUUCCAGAGUCCGCACGCACGACAGAACCACAAAGAACGGCAACCUGUUGAGAGACUCUUCCUCAGAGCGGUAUCGGACGAAUGGAACACUGGAGAAACCGUACAGAGCGGAGCGGGACUCUUCCCCUGACAGCAACUACAGCCGGGAGGAGCAGAACUAUGCAGCAGCACCCAGAAUAAAGGACUAUUAUAGCAUGAUGAAGAACAAUGCUGCACACAACAAUGCUGCAUACAACAACACGGGCCAGAACAAUAACACAGUUGGCCGAAGCUCAAACCAGCUCCCUGAGCCCAAGAGAAGCCUGUACAAGGAAAGCCCCAAAGACCUCAGCAUCUAGAGCGGAGUGGACGCUCCCCUUUAUGUGUACCAUACACUGGAACUGGACCACCAGAGUAAGCCGGUUUAUUGAUAGACUUCACUUGUUGUGAUCCCAUGCAGAGAUUC